AUGUUGUCGCCUAAUCUGGUACCAUCACCUGAGCAAAUCAGCAAUAUUAAUGAGCAGCAGAAUCCAAUAUUUGAAGUUACGUCUCCAUUGGAACCAGUUAGUCAACGUCGUGUUGAUACUAAGACAAUACUCAACAUUGUGCUAUUCUUUGUACUUUUGGCCAUUAGUUUAGGAUUAUUCGGUAGUGUCAGCCGAAAUAUCUUAUUACAUUCAUUUGGUGCUGCAUUCCUGAUUGCCGGCAUCAUACCGUUAAUAUUAACCAUCUGGUUAGUUCUUACUGGCGCAUCGAUGUUUCGAAAAAUGAAUAUUUUAAAAACGGUAAUUUCGUCGAUUAUACUCAUCAUUGGAAUUAUUCUGGUCACCAUUGCAAACGAACAAAACAGACCAAUUGUCGGCUAUGCUCUAUUUGCCACUGCACUCCUAAUGAUUAUAACAAAAUAUUUUUUCUUUGUUGAAGAUGAACAAAUCCGUAUUCAACGUUUAGAACGAGAACUGCGAAAAGCAAAACAAUCUGCUGGAAUGGGUAUGGCUCUAUCUUACUUCUACAAGUUUAUCGUGCCAACAGCGGCUAAUAUAAGAUCGCUGGAUGACGGCUCUACACCAAUCGAUAUGGAAAUAGCUCGUGGAAAAUUUGAAGAGUACCAGCUUAACAAUGGUAAAUUGUUUGUCAUAGUGCCACGUGACCUUGAUGGUUCUGAUAUGAAGAUAUUUUUAAAAAGAAUAUCAUCACUCCCGAAUCCAGCUGUUAUGCAAGGGAAACCAAAAGAGCGACCGGGCAACGAUACACAUCGGCCCAUGUUUGUGUACUUCCUCGAGUGUAACACGGAGAAAAAGGAGUGUAACGGUCUAUUUGAUAUUCCAACAAUAAUUUCCUCCUGUUGGGAUAGACAUAAAAAUGAACAACACCAUCGACGGUACACAGUUAAUGUUGCCGAUGAAAUAAUUAUCUUUCAAAAUCAGCUUAUUUCGUUGAUCAAUGAACAUCCAAUAACAAGAGGAAAAGUACGCAUUCUCAGUUUUCCGUCCUUACCUUUUCGAUUCGAGGACAUCAAAUAUGCCGUAACUCAAUUAUCUCAUUGA